GGCUCUCGGAAGUUGAGGCAAGAGCGACGCCGCCGCUUUCGUCGCGGGAUAAUAAGCCGGGUAGAGUUGCUGAGGAUCUACCAAAUCUGCUGAUUAACUAUGGAAGAUUAUACCAAAAUAGAGAAAAUUGGAGAAGGUACCUAUGGAGUUGUGUAUAAGGGUAGACACAAAACUACAGGUCAAGUGGUAACCAUGAAGAAAAUCAGACUAGAAAGUGAAGAGGAAGGGGUUCCUAGUACUGCAAUUCGGGAAAUUUCUCUAUUAAAAGAACUUCGUCAUCCAAAUAUAGUCAGUCUUCAAGAUGUGCUUAUGCAAGAUUCCAGGUUAUAUCUCAUCUUUGAAUUCCUUUCCAUGGAUCUCAAGAAAUACUUAGAUUCCAUCCCUCCUGGUCAGUUCAUGGAUUCUUCACUUGUUAAGAGUUAUUUGUACCAAAUCCUACAAGGGAUUGUGUUUUGCCACUCCAGAAGAGUUCUGCACAGAGACUUAAAACCUCAAAAUCUAUUGAUUGAUGACAAAGGAACAAUUAAACUGGCUGAUUUUGGCCUUGCCAGAGCUUUUGGAAUACCUAUUAGAGUAUACACACAUGAGGUGGUAACACUCUGGUAUAGAUCGCCAGAAGUAUUGCUGGGGUCAGCUCGCUACUCAACUCCAGUUGACAUUUGGAGUAUAGGCACCAUAUUUGCAGAAUUAGCAACCAAGAAACCACUUUUCCAUGGGGAUUCAGAAAUCGAUCAACUCUUCAGAAUUUUCAGAGCUUUGGGCACUCCCAAUAAUGAAGUGUGGCCAGAAGUGGAAUCUUUACAGGACUAUAAGAAUACAUUUCCCAAGUGGAAACCAGGAAGCCUGGCAUCCCAUGUUAAAAACUUGGAUGAAAAUGGCCUGGAUCUGCUCUCGAAAAUGUUAGUCUAUGAUCCUGCCAAAUGAAUUUCUGGCAAAAUGGCACUGAAUCAUCCAUAUUUUAAUGAUUUGGGCAAUCAGAUUAAGAAGAUAUAGCUUUCUGACAAAGAGUUUCCACGUAUCAAGAACAGAUAGUUAUAUUUUUACUGCUAACUUUGUCUGUUUUUGUUUUGUGUAUUUUUCUUUUCUUUGUUGUAAACUUAAGCUGUACUUCAUCUUCUGAUUUCAAAAGUGUAACUUAAAAAUGUAAAUAUUGUUCCAUAUGAAUUUAAAUAUAAUUCUGUAUAUGUUUAUAGAAAAAAAAAUAUAUGGGCUUCACACAUCUUUGCAGCAACAUUUAAUGUCAGAAGACAUUUGUAUACACCCAUAAUACUCAAGGAAAAGGUGAACCAAGGAUUUUAUUAUCUGCUAAGCUGUCCUUCAAAUGUAAGGCAACAAAGAAAGGAAGUUUUAAACAUGUUUGUUAAGAAUAAUAUUCCCAUAUCAUUCCCAUUAUUCUUUAUGGAGAAAUUACUAGCGAAUGAACUUCAGCCAACCAAAGAAUGACUGGGAAAAACUGCAAAAGUGCUUGGGUGAGCAUUAUACAUAUAUUUAACUGAAGAAUUAGGACUAAAACAGAAGGAGAUAAGGGUGAUAAAUAGAACAUAAAUAUUAUAGGCCUUGACAAUGUAUAAAUGCAAAUGAUAAAAAAUUGAGACAAAGAGAGCAGAAAGUAUAAUAAGCUUACUGAUUACCUUGAUAUAAUAGCUGGGAGUCAAUGGAUAGUCUUAAAGCUCACAUAUUAAGUACUAGAAGUACAAGCAUACAUAAUAUUACAAAUGCAAAUACUAUUGUGAAUAAAUACUACUGAUAUUGACUAAGAUUGGGUGAUGGAGAAGGAAAAGGGGAAGAGAGAAGAGAAGAUUUAAACAGAAUUUUACCUCUGUUCCUUGAAAAGAAGUAAGAGUUACUAUCAACAGAGAACUAAGAACAACAUAUAAAGCAACAAGACUAAAAUACAAACCUACCUAAAUAUCAUAAAAUACAAAACAAACCUAAAAUACAAACCUAAAUAUCACAACAAAACAGCAAGGAAAAGCAGACAAGACAGUGAAAGACAGACCUAAAACAGAAAACAUAAGGGGUGCCUGGAUGG